CUUCGCUUGAAUCUGUUGAAGCGGAGCUUGGACCCUUUUUUUUUUUUUUAUGAUGUCCUGGCAAAGCGACUCAAAAUGGAGGGGCACGAGUUUUUUUUUUUUUUGAAAAUGUUGGCAUUGCUCAAAAGGAAGGAUUUGGCAAAUCUUGAGGUGCCACAUGAGUUACCCACCAAACAGGAUGGCAGUGGUGUCAAGGGCUAUGAAGAAAAACUUAAUGGGAAUCUCAGGCCUCAUGGAGACAACAGGACUGCUGGAAGGCCAGGCAAAGAAAACAUCAAUGAUGAGCCUGUGGAUAUGAGUGCUAGACGGAGUGAGCCAGAGCGAGGAAGGCUAACUCCCUCACCAGACAUCAUUGUUUUGUCUGACAAUGAGGCUUCCAGUCCCCGUUCCAGUUCCAGAAUGGAAGAAAGACUCAAAGCAGCCAACCUAGAGAUGUUUAAGGGGAAAGGCAUUGAGGAACGGCAGCAGCUUAUCAAGCAGCUGAGGGAUGAGCUACGAUUGGAAGAAGCCCGACUGGUCCUGUUAAAGAAACUGAGACAGAGUCAGCUACAGAAAGAGAAUGUGGUCCAGAAGACUCCAGUUGUACAGAAUGCAGCAUCUAUUGUUCAGCCAUCUCCUGCCCAUGUGGGACAGCAGGGCCUAUCUAAGCUUCCCUCCCGGCCUGGGGCCCAGGGGGUUGAACCUCAAAAUUUGAGAACUUUACAGGGUCACAGUGUCAUCCGUUCAGCUACCAAUACCACCCUUCCACACAUGUUGAUGUCUCAACGUGUUAUUGCACCAAACCCAGCCCAGCUACAGGGUCAGCGGGGUCCACCUAAGCCUGGCCUUGUACGCACCACAACACCCAACAUGAAUCCUGCCAUCAAUUACCAACCGCAGUCAAGUUCUUCUGUUCCAUGUCAGCGUACAACAUCCUCUGCCAUCUAUAUGAACCUUGCCUCUCAUAUCCAGCCAGGGACCGUGAACAGAGUGUCCUCGCCACUUCCUAGCCCCAGCGCCAUGACUGAUGCUGCCAACUCACAGGCUGCAGCCAAAUUGGCUCUUCGCAAACAGCUGGAAAAGACACUCCUGGAGAUCCCACCCCCUAAACCUCCAGCUCCCUUACUUCACUUCUUGCCUAGUGCAGCCAAUAGCGAGUUCAUCUACAUGGUAGGCUUGGAAGAAGUCGUACAAAGUGUCAUUGACAGCCAAGGCAAAAGCUGUGCCUCACUUCUGCGGGUUGAACCCUUUGUAUGUGCCCAGUGCCGCACAGAUUUCACCCCUCACUGGAAGCAGGAAAAGAAUGGUAAGAUUCUAUGUGAGCAGUGUAUGACCUCCAACCAGAAGAAGGCUCUAAAAGCUGAACACACCAACCGGCUGAAAAAUGCAUUUGUGAAAGCCCUACAGCAGGAACAGGAAAUUGAACAGCGAUUACAGCAGCAGGCAGCCCUCUCCCCCACUACAGCUCCAGCUGUGUCCAGUGUCAGUAAACAAGAGACCAUCAUGAGACAUCAUACGCUUCGGCAGGCUCCACAGCCCCAGAGCAGUCUCCAGCGUGGCAUACCCACAUCUGCCCGCUCCAUGCUUUCAAACUUUGCACAGGCACCCCAGUUGUCUGUGCCAGGUGGCCUCCUUGGUAUGCCAGGUGUCAACAUUGCAUACUUGAAUACUGGCAUCGGAGGACACAAAGGCCCCAGUUUGGCAGACCGACAGCGUGAAUACCUUUUAGACAUGAUCCCUCCCCGGUCUAUAUCGCAGUCCAUCAGUGGACAGAAAUAACGCCUGUUCCACUUGUACUGCCCCAUCCUUGAAUCCUUUAUCCCUUUCCUCUUUCAUUCCCCCAACUUCUGUCGCAUGCAGUGCCUGUACUGGUGCCUACCAUACACGGAAAGCAAAACAGAAAAACAGAAGACAAAAAAUAGAAAUCAGCAAGAAAACACACGCCCUGCCCUGCCACCUCCCCUUUAUUUCACACUGCUGCGAUCUGUUUUUCUGCCGCUCUGUCUUCUCUCUUCAAUUUUCUUUAACAGUGAGGUGGAUCUUUACCUCUGAUAGAGGUCAGAAUGAGGUCCUGGGGAGAAUCUAAGCCCUCCAAUGUGUGUUUCUAAAGUUGUUUUAUGCUAUAAUUAUUACCAUUUUUAAUGAUGUUGUGUGUCCUCCCUUUGUUCAGUGGACGGUUAAACCUUCCCCCACUCAACCAAUCUUUUUCUUUUUCCUUUUCUUCCUUUUUUUUUUUUUUUUUGUAAACACAAAUGAUAUUCAGUUCAAUGAUACGAGCAUUGCAGAUUGCAGUAGGGGUCCCAGCUGCCGAGUAGGACAUGACUAAGAGUGUUAGGGGCAGAAGUUUUGAAUGCACUUAACCGGAGAAGGGCGUGGGGUUGGGGGUAUCGAACGAGGACGAAUAGCACCCCACCUGUGGUUGUUUGGGAGCUGGACAAUUUGGGUGGCAGUGUUUAGUAUUGAAGUUGGACUCUAAGAAUGAGGGGAAAGAGCCUGGAGGGAGGAGCUUUAAAACUCAACCACUCUGGAAUUUACCCAUAGAAGACAGGGAGAGAGAGGUAUGAAGAUGGGCUUAAUUAUGAGCCAGGGAGGAUUGAAACUAGGUCCUGCCCUUCUGGAUCUUGGGGAAAUAAGACCAAUCUCCUGACCCCAGUGGGAACACGGAAGUCUAUUCCAGGCCAACCAGCCCAAAAUUAUUUCAUCUUGUAUCCUUUGUAAAAUUAUCUCUCACUCCACCCUGCUUUUAAAAAUUCUAAUCUAUCCCCUCUAACUAUAGCCCCAUCUAUAAUACAGAGGAACGGCUGUUCCAAGACUGUUUGCUGGGUGUCCCACAAAUUGGAUGGACAUGAAUGAGUCAAGUGACAACAGGAGGAAAUAGAGGAAAGAAGGAAUCUCUCUACCAACAGUUGAGAUUCUCGUAUUUGCCUAUUCUUUCACCCUCUGAGUGCCAGGAGAUGAGAGCCUGGGGGCACACAAUCAGGUUGGAGUCCUGUCCUUACUCUGCUGCACCAGCUGCAGAACCAACUGCUCAAAGCCAAACAGUUCGUGGCAAAACCAGCUUAGGACCUCUGCUGUACAAAUAGUUGUUUCCCGCCCCCAGAAUGAUACUAAUUUUGUCUUCUUUUUUUUUUUUUUUUUAAGCGCUACUAAUGUAGAGAAUGAAUUGAAUUGUGCAAUGUUGCUGUUCUGGGGAUUGGGGAGAUUAGCAUCCCAUUUGCCCACACUGUGGGAAGAGGGAGUGGACCAGGCUGUUUUUGAAGUAAGGGAAGCCCCUUAAAGGUACGGGUUUCUGCUCUUCUCAUAGUGUACACCCACCUGCCUCUCUGGCUCCAGAAGCUGCCAGAGUGCACUGGGGGCAAUGUUCUCAGCAGAGAAGAAUGAGGAGAAGUUUAAUAUGUUGCCCUUGAAAGUCACCUGAGGAAGUUUCCCCACUUUUAUUUUUUAAAAUUAACUAAUUUUUUUAAAGAAGGCACUUUUAAAAUUAACACACACACGAACUGCACAUCUUCCCCAUAAAAUUUGGAGGUGGGGUGGGAGAAAGAGCUAAAAUCAGGCUCAGUUCCCCUACUCUGGCCUCUACUCCCUACACCCCAGUGCCACUGUGGGUGACUAUACUGGCCCUACGGGCCUUCCUGGCUUUUUUCUUUCCUCCCUUUCCCCCAAAUUCAUUGAGCACUUAAAGGAGCAGAGAUGCAGCCAGUGUCUGGGCUCCCCCAGUGGUGAAAUGAUCUGGAAGCUAGAUGCUAGUAACAGGUAGUGAUUGGGUCUUUUCGAGUAUUUUUCUGGGGAAUGUGGUGCCCCUGACUGUAAGUGGUGGGAGAGGGAGGGGGGGUUAAUGGAACUGGGUCUGGGAUUAUUUUAAAAUUAUAUAUAUAUAUAUAAAGAUAUAUUCUUACAUCUUUUCUUUGCCCUCUGUGCUUUGAAAGCACUGGAUAAAUUGUUUGGUUUUGCUUUUCUCUCUUCCACAAAAUUGGAAGCUUUUUUUAAAAAUAUUUUCCCUACAAGUCAUCUUGCCUUGUGGCAUGUCUGUCUAGCCUCUUCCUCCCUCCCUCAUGAUGAAGUGCCAUUUCUGUUACGUCUCCCUCUCCCCAAGCUCAGAGGUGCUCAGAGGUACGAGAUGCCCAAGUUUGUCAGUUGAGAUUAGAAGUAAGGAACAGAGAAUGUGCAAUACCGUCUGGCUGUGGGCCGUCCUUGCCCUGCCCUGAGCUGAGUCCUUUCCCUGGGAGCCAGGCCACCUUAGAAUGGGGUUUGGAAGUAAGAUGUGUAGAGUUGGGGAAUCAUGGAGAAGGAAAGCCUAUAGUCAGUGCCUGCUUAGGUGCUGAGGCCAUAGGGGAGAUGGUGGAAUCUUCCCUGUUUUUAUCCCCUCAGGGUCAGAUACAUAGAAGCUGCUUCUUGACUAGUAUAGCUCGGUGACCCUUUGUUCAACCGCUGAGGUUUGAUUUCUUACCCUUUCUUCUCCCCAUUUUCAUACUCUUCCCAGGGAUUAGUGAUGGAGGUGAGGUCUCCCUAAUCAUGAUAAAGUAUUAACCUUCCACCUCCUCCCUUCCCUCCUCCUUCCUCAUCCUUCUGUCUUCCUCAAUUCUCUUUCUCUUUUUCAUCACUGAUUGCCUUGUGUCCCUCCAAGUCUACUUGUUACUAUCCAUCUCAAGGCUCUGGGCCAUGUAGACACUAAACCUCAUGCCCUAAGGACAGGAGGAAAGACCCUCUGUUUGGAACAUUAUUAGUAGAGUGUGAGGAUCCCACCAGUUCUGCCUGGCUUCCUCCAUCCCCAGAGGCACUAAAAGCAGUAGUUUAAGGUUGGUGUCUUACUCCCUAGAAGCCUGAAAUGGGUGAAAUAGUGGUAAGGCUUGGGUAAAACUGGGGGACAGAGGUUCUUAUUUGUCGAUUUUAUUUUAUAAUUUGACCACGGCAUCUGGACUCCCUCUAUCCCUGGAAUAAGUAUUUUUCCCACAUUUUUGGAUAUAUGUAUGGUAGACAAUUUUUUUUUAAGACACAGAGAUAAAUGUUUUCCUGCUUUGGUUACCUUUCCUUUCCCCUUUAAAAGGAAUUAGCUAUAGAACUGCUUUGUAAAGAUGCUUCUUGAUAUUUUACUUUUGUUCCUUUUCCCUAAUCAUUCCCUUUUCUCCCUACUCCUCCAGAAGGCAUAACCCUUCUCUCCACACCCCUACCCCCAACCCAGUCCUAGGCUCCCAUCCUUUCCAUCAAGACCUUCAUUAGCUUAUGAUAUUUGCUGCCGAGAUGUUAUAACAAGGACUCAUUCGUGUAUAUAAGCUAUUUCUUGAUCCAUUUAAAAGGAAUUGUACAUUGUGUAGAAAAAAAAAAAAAGCCUGAAAAAGAGAAAAAAAAGCCCUAGCCAUGGAUAUUGUGAAACUGUGUUAUGUCAUUUUGUAAUGUGCCCGUUUGUGUAUGAUCCGUGCAAAAGGGUUUCUGGGGAAGGGGAGGGGGUAGGGAGGCAGGGCUGUGGAGGGUGGGUAGGGGAGUGGGCCGGGCCCAGCACACUGAGACUGGCAGCUGCUCCAACCCCAUCCCUCCUUAGAGAUGCCACCUCCCCCACCACCCACCCCUAAUUUGUGCCUUGCCUCCCCACCCUGGAGUAGUCCCUCCGGGUCACCAGCACUGCCUUGGCAGAGCCCACUCCCUACCCUAACCUGCCCACCCUCCCUAUCCCCCAGCAUUAGGUUGAUACUGUGGGGAAGUGCUGGGGGUUGGGAGGUAGCCGAGGAAUGGGGCAGUUCCCGGGGGCAUCGAAACCAAGUAUUAUUAUGAAUUGUAAUUGUAUUUGCACUGUUUUUUUUUUCCUCUGAUUGCAUCAGCAUAUAUACAAUAUACCUAUAUAACAAAAUUCAGUGUCAAGCUUUCUUAUGCAAGGGAUUUCCCCCACCCCACCUCCUCAAAAA